AAUAAUAAUAAUAAUAAUAACCAUCUAAAAAGAGGAUCAUGCGCCCCAAAACUCCAUCUCAAUCCAUCAAAACCGGCACGUACUAUGACCAAAUCUUCUUUCAUAUACACCUCUCAUAUCGACAUUUUCUCAAACACCUCUGAAACCCUAAUAAUCACUAGCUAAUAACCCCAAAAAAGAACUUGACCAUACAUAUAAAUAGGAGAGUAUAGAGAGAGAGAGAGAGAGAGAGAGAAGGAUUACAUGUUAUUUUUUCUAGACUGAAAAAUAAUAAUGAGUUAUGAUGAUCAUAAGCUUCAAGAAGUGGAUCAAGAUGAUCACUUCUUCAACAUGAAAAAUGGUCUCUCAAGAAACUCUUCCGUAGGCUGCUCUUCUCGUAUCUACUACUGCCGGAGCGCCGGCACCGGAGGGAUUCCGUUUGACUGGGAGAUGGAGCCCGGAACACCCAAAGAUCCGCCCAAGGAAGAAGCGUUGCCGCCUCUCAGUCCGCCGCCCGCAGUGCUCAGCUUAGGGCUCCCGAAGCCAAGCAUUACUGCUCAGCUUCAUCACCAUCAAGAUCAGCCUUGUAAGCCUAGCAGGCGGAGGGUCAUAGUUAGGUUUUGGAAGAAAAACAAAAAACGAAAUAGUAAUAAUAACAAUGAAGUUAUUAGCAAUAAUGGUGGUGGUGGUGGUGGUGCAAUCUCUCAUAUUGAUUAUAAAGAUGAGAGGUUUGAGUUUUGUAACUCUGACAGCGAGUUCAUGGCGUCGCCGGCUCGGGAUUCGAGCUCUUCUUCGUCGUCGUCGUCGUUGUCGUUUUCGAGACAGUCGUCGAGAUUGCAGAGCCCGGCUUGGCAUUCUCCGAUGAACGGUUCUAGGGCAAACUUGAGUUGCAGUCCAUGGAGUAUUAGGUCUAUUCUGGUUACACUUGCAAAGCGAGUUUGAAAAAUAUCAUAAUAAAUAUUAAUGAUCGCAUUUAAUUUAUAUUACUAAUAAUGUAUUGUGUUUUCUGUAUGUUAGGAUUUGUUGCAUGAAAUUUUGUAUGAUAAAUAUUUCUGUGAUAUAUAUGUAUAAAACUACAAUAUUAUCUUAUAAAUUAUAUAAUAUUUGGUUAUAUUUCUUGUCUUAUUAGUGAUUUUGCUUUUACGUGCA